AAUAAACGCGCUCUCAAAAUCACCUGGACUCGUGAAAUCUUUCCUGCGUGAAGUCAAGAACCCACACGCUACAGGCUGGCCUGAGGAAGAGCCGCUUGGCGCCCGGUUCCUGCCUGGUAACAAUCUGGAGGGUCAUCAUUUUCAGUAAACUAACCAAGCCAGAACGUGAGAGUGCAGAAGGGCCUAUGCUGACAACGGUUUGGAACGCAUUUCCUCUUGGAAUCUACCCUGUGGCUUAGCUUUCAAACCAGAGGCUCAUCUUACCCAGGAAAACAUGGCCCCCGUGAAGACGAGAUGGAUAUAUUUUUCCCUCGUGGUUCUGGGAGCCCUUUGCUUGUAUUUCAGCAUGCACGACCUGUCUAUUUUUAAAGGAGAGCCAUUUAUCUUCAAGAAAGAAUACGGGAGGUUCCUCCAGCUCCCAGACGUAGACUGCGGGCACAGCCCCCCGUUCCUUGUCCUGCUGGUGACCUCCUCGCACGAGCAGCUGUUCGCUCGCACCGCCAUCCGGAAGACGUGGGGCAAAGAGAAGGUCGUGAGAGGAAAACGGAUAAAAACGUUCUUCCUCCUGGGAACCACCCUCAGCGAGGGCGCGUCGCGAGCGGUGGCCCAGGAAAGCCAGCGACACCGCGACAUCAUCCAGAAGGACUUCGUGGACGUGUACUUGAACCUGACUCUGAAGACCAUGAUGGGGUUCGAGUGGGUCCACCACUUCUGUCCCCAGGCGGCUUUCGUGAUGAAAACGGACUCCGACAUGUUCGUCAACGUCUAUUACCUGGUGGAGCUGCUGCUGAAGAAAAACCGGACAAGCCGCUUCUUCACCGGCUUCUUGAAAAUGAACGAGCUUCCCAUCCGGGAGAAGCGCAACAAGUGGUUCGUGAGCAGGUACGAGUACCCGUGGGACAAGUACCCGCCCUUCUGCUCGGGCACCGCCUACGUGUUCUCGGGCGACGUGGCGAGCCAGGUGUACAACGUGUCCGAGGCCGUCCCCUUCAUCAAGCUGGAGGACGUCUUCGUGGGGCUGUGCCUGGCGCGGCUGAGGAUCGGCCUGGAGGAGCUGCACUCCGAGCAGACCUUCUUCCCCGCCGGCCUGAGCUUCUCCACCUGCCGCUUUAAGAAGAUCGUCGCCUGCCACUUCAUCCAGCCCCAGAAGAUGCUGAGCUACUGGAAGGCCCUGGAAAGUUCGCUGGGAGAGGAGUGUCCGGCGGAGUGAGGGGAGCCCAGCGAGCAGUGAUGUUGUUGAAGGAUCUUCCGAUGGCAUCGCUGAGAACCGUCGAGGGGGAGGGAGGGAGGGA